UUGGUAAUAUUUGGAUUUCACUGUAACCUUAGUGUUAUGCGUUAUGCAAUGAAUAUCGAAUGAUUGCUUUCAGAGAGAGCUGCAAACAUCAUCCUCAUCAUCAUCAUCAUCAUCAUAAAACAUUUUGUUUAAUUUGAUCUUUUAUUUUUUUUAAUAAGCUGCCGGACAUGAUGGGAUGUUGUUGAUGAGCACAACAGUCUCAACUCCAGAUGUCAGAACUCAGUCACUGAAUGUUGAUGAUGUCAUAAUUACAGUAAUCGGUACAAUGAUGCAGAAGCCAAAAAGUAAUGUACAGUAUAUUUGAAUCACACGUGGUCAGCGAAUGAGAUGGGGGCUUAUUUUGUCAUCAAGGUCACAGUUUGGUCCGUUGUAAUUCCCCGUUAGUGUUGAUACAAAACAAAAGUAUGCAAAUACGCUGAAGCUCUGCCUCUGAGGUGGGAUGAGGGUUAACUCCAUCAGACUCCAGCUCCGUGCGCUUUCGCACAACUGGCGCCAGCGGAGCGCGGGCGGAGCGCGUGGACCAGAUCGCUGCUACCGCGACAGGAACAUGUGGACGUGGAGCGAUAUUCAAGUGCUGGGUUGAAAGACCGCAGUUUUACCGGAUACAUCAUCAACAUCAGGAGCGAAGAGGCUGAUGACUUAUGGAGAACUGCGCGAGGGGAGCUCUGAGCUGAGAUCUCCGCUCCACCAUGGCAGCCAAUGAGAGUUUAGAAGCCGGCUGCAGGUCCGAGGUGCGGUCCAACAGCACCUGCAGCCAGAAGGAGCUGUCCGUCACAGCCUCCGUCAUCUCCAUGACCGUGGGCAUCCUCUCCAACAGCCUCGCCCUCUUCAUCCUCAUCAAGUCCUACCACCGCAUCCAGAUCCGGUCCAGAGCGUCUUUUGUGCUGUUUGCCAGCAGCCUGGUGGUCACAGACCUUCUGGGCCACGUCAUCAACGGCUCCCUGGUCAUUUUUGUCUACAGCUCCCAGAAGCGAUGGGAAGCCUUCGACCCUUAUCACGUGGUGUGCAGCGUGUUCGGCGUGUGCAUGGUGUUCUUUGGCUUGAGCCCCUUGCUCCUGGGCAGCGUCAUGGCGGUGGAGCGCUGCAUUGGCGUCACCAGGCCCAUCUUUCACUCCACGGUGUUGGCUCCCCACCACAUGAAAAGGCUGCUGGGCCUCACCUGGCUGCUGGCAGCCGUGGUCGCUGCUCUGCCUGUGCUGCUGUGGAGGCCCUACAAGGUCCAGAGCUCCAGGAGCUUCUGCUUCUUCCACAUGGAGGAGCCCAAAGACUGGCUGGACGUGUCGCUCCCUCUCCUCUUCUCGCUGCUGGGUCUGUUUGCGCUGCUGGUGUCCAUCGUGUGCAACGCUCUGACGAGCUGCACUCUGCUGCAGGCCAGACUGCGCCGCAAGCUUCACCGCAGAGGAACGUCCUACCACGUGGAGAUGAUCUGCCAGCUCCUGGCCAUCAUGUUGGUGUCGUGUGUGUGCUGGGGCCCAUUACUGAUUCACGUUACGAUCGUGAGCACCAGGAACAAGGUGGAGUCGGCUUCGUUCAGCCUGCUGAUGGUGAUACGCAUGGCCACAUGGAACCAGAUCCUGGACCCCUGGGUCUACAUCCUACUGAGGAGGGCUGUUUUGAAGAAAAUCUUCCUGCUGUUCUACUGCUGCUGGGGCUCCGAGUCCCGCAGCCUACACCGCUGGCAGUGUAGCAUGCUCCGCAGCUCAGUGGAGACCAGCAACUCCGGUGCUGGCCCGAAUCAGUAUCAGUUCCCCGACAGACGUCCUCUGUCAGACACUGGGAUCAAAUGCAUCACCUGAACCUUACAGGAGUCCGUGAGGGCCUCUCAGAUGAGUCUAAAGAGGUUUGUCUCUGUGAGCUGGUCGUGUUAUGGUGUAUUAUUUAACGUAGGCUUAAAUAUUCUCAGCUAUUUUUACUUUUUACUUUAAAAGCUGCCUAAAGUGUCAAUGCUUGGAAAGUGGUGAUUUAAUCAUUUCAUUGCAGGCUGGAUGUUUGUUGUUGGUGUUUGUUUUACUGUGUCAUCCCCAUUGUUGCUUUUCAUAUUGUUUUGAAGCAUACACGUGAUUAAUUAUAAUAAUGAUUCAUGAUAUAAUCAAUUUGUUAUUGACUACAGUACAUGUGACGCAUUCCUCUGUGGUGCUUCUCUGUUAUGAUGUGUUUACGUAGCUUCAGCAGAACACAGAACUGCCUACAAUAACAGCAACAGCAAAUGUGAACCACUGUACGGACAAUAAGCGUAACAAUAAGUGACACAAUAUUUACAUAAUGCAAAAAAGUUUAGACUGUGUCAUCAAAGGACAGUUAGUGUCAAUGAACACAAUAAAUGUGGAAAAUGUAUACUCCUUUUUUCUAAUGAAAACGUUUUUUCUGUUCCCAUUUGUUUAUAAGUAAAAUGUGAGCGACAUCAUGAUGUAGGAGUUAUUGCAUUUGAUGCGUCUUACAGUGUUAAGACUGUGUGAAAUUCGAACAUGUCUGUUGGUGGCUUACUGUACAGUACAGUAUAUGUUGAAACAGGAACUGUGACGCGUUUGUGAAAUGCCUAAACAAAUAAAAACCUGAUCGAAUAGACUGAAUGUUAUGCUGUUUCAUAAUUCUUUUGUUUCAUUGUUUCAUUAUUUGAACAUAUAGGCAUGGGAGUAAGUAAUGUGUGUUGUGUGGUAAAGCAAAAAAGAGCUAUGUUGAAUAAAAGAAGCUAAUUUCAA